AUGACGUCACAAGAAGCGGCUGGAGGGUUCCGGACGCCCCUGUGCCCUGGGGCCCCACUGCCUCGAACUCCGGGGGGAUCCGAGCAUUCCUCUGGCCUGCUCAGGAUGACGCAUCUCAUCCUCUUGGCUCUCCUUACAUGCCUGACAUCCGUAGUUGAGGGGAAGAUAUUUAGCCGCUGCGAAUUGGCCCAACAACUGAAGGUAGCCGGCUUGGAUGGAUACCACGGAUACAGCCUGGCUAACUGGAUCUGCUUGGCCUUCUACGAGAGCCACUUUAACACGGGACUGGUGGACCAUCAAGCCGACGGCAGCACCAGCAACGGCAUCUUCCAGAUCAACAGCCACCUCUGGUGUGAUGACCUUACCCAUCCUUCCCCAAACAUCUGCGAUCUGCACUGCUCAGAUCUGCUGACCAGCAGCCUCAACGACGACAUUACCUGCGCUAUGCGGAUUGUGCAAUCCGCAGGAGGCAUGGGGACUUGGUAA